AUGGUCAAGGAAACCGGCUACUACGACGUACUUGGCGUUAAGCCUGACGCGUCGGACAGCGAACUGAAAAAAGCGUAUCGCAAAUUGGCGCUGAAAUUCCAUCCGGACAAGAAUCCCGAUGGUGCCGAGCAAUUCAAGAAAAUCUCGCAGGCGUAUGAGGUUUUGUCGGAUGAGAAGAAGCGCAAGAUUUACGAUCAAGGUGGCGAGGAAGCUUUACAAGGCGGCGGCGGUGGAGAAGCCCACAAUCCGUUCGACAUCUUCGAUAUGUUCUUCGGCGGCUCGCGGGGACGCGGACAGCCGCGCGUUAAGCCGACCGUUCAUCAAAUACGCGUUCCUUUGGAAAAAUUGUAUACGGGUGUCACAAAGAAGCUUAAAAUUUCUCGCACUGCGAUUUGCAAAAAAUGCAAAGGAAAAGGAGGACCUGAAGGAGCUGUUAAAGAUUGCGGCGAAUGCCACGGCAGUGGUGUGACUAUCAGGACGAUCCGCAUGGGACCAAUGAUUCAACAGAUUCAACAACACUGCAGGUCUUGUGAAGGCGAGGGAUCCAUUAUCCCGGAGAAAGACAGAUGUCAAGGAUGCAACGGCAAAAAAUGGGCGAAAGAAGAGGAAAUUAUCGAAGUUGUUAUCAAGCCGGGAACUCGCGAUGGCGAGAAAAUCGUGUUUGAAGGCAAAGGAGAUCAAUCGUUAGAAGUUGAUCAGCCCGGAGACGUUAUUAUCAUGAUUGAUGAAAUGGAGCACAACACAUUUGUCAGAAAGGACGAUAAUUUGAUAAUGGAGCAAAAGAUAUUGCUCUCCGAAGCUCUUUGCGGUUGCACAAAAGCGAUAAAGACACUCGAUGAGCGUACGUUAUUCUACAGACUCUUGCCAGGAGAGGUUAUCGCGCACGGAACAAUUAAAGUGAUUCACGGCGAAGGAAUGCCAAUGUCGCGCACACCAUCCGAAAAAGGCGAUCUUCUAAUUCAAUUCCAAGUCGAGUUCCCGAAGAAAUUAAGCCUCGAAGCGUGCAAACGAAUCGCCGAUAUUCUGCCCGGAAAAUCAUGCGAGAUUAUUGAUGAAGAUGCUGAAACCGUCGAAUUGGUUUACAUUGAUCCAAACCGGCGGCGAAACGGCGCGCACGAGGAAUAUGGCCAUCGUGCCGGACCCGGUGUCCAAUGUCAGCAGUCUUAA